AACCACUUCAGUAUAAAAGGGUGAACAGCUAAAAAAGCAAGUAUAGUUUCAAGUAAAUUUGAAAGUAAAGACCAGCAACAUGUCUCCCUUCACCGUGUUCGUCCUCUGUCUCCAGCUUUGCCUGAUUCAGUCCGUGCUGAGCGGUUCCAUUAGCCGCUCCUCCAGCUCCGGCGGCAGCUGCGGCUCGUACGGCGGACAGGGCUGCGGACAGGUAGGCGCGGCCGGCACCAUCGACGCGUGCGGCUCCACCUGCGUCACUGGCGCCGUGCCCGUGCUCGGCACUGUCUGCUUCGGCGGCUGCGCGCCCGCCUGCGGCUCCGUCUCCAUCUGCGGACAGUGCGGAUGCGGAUGCAACUAACCCUUUCCCCCAGGAUCCAAAAAAAAUGACACCAACAAAAAAGGAAGAUGGAACUUGUUUGGAAAUAAAGAGCAAAUGUUGUAUACAUAA